AUGUUUGCUCCGCGUGUUGGCAAGGUAGUCGAGAUGGGCCUCAAGGUCGCCGUCAUUGGUCAGUCUGCUUUCGGUGCCGAGGUUUUUAACGAAUUGAAGAAGAGAGGCCAUGAGAUUGUGGGAGUCUUCACGGUCCCUGACGCAAAGGGAAGGGAGGACCCGCUUGCCACCGCAGCAAAGGCAGACAACCUGCAGGUGUUCAAGUUUCCGCGCUGGAAGGCUCUGAAGAAGGACGGUGGCCACACGCUCCCUGAGGUGGAGCAGCAGUUCAAGUCGGUAGGCGCUGACCUCAGCGUGCUGGCGUUCGUCACGCAGUUCAUCCCUGUCGAUCUCCUUGACAGCAACAAGUAUGGCGGCAUCAUCUACCACCCCAGCAUUCUGCCCCGCCAUCGUGGCGCGUCAGCUAUCAACUGGACGCUCAUGGAAGGCGAUAAGAAGGCGGGGCUGACUGUGUUUUGGGCGGACGACGGACUUGACACCGGACCGAUUUUGUUGACGCGCGAGACGGACGUUGAGCCGGACGACACAGUGAACUCGCUCUAUAAGCGGUUCCUAUUCCCUGAGGGCGUGAAAGCGGUCGGGGAUGCGGUCGACCUCAUAGCAGCCGGUGAAGCCCCCCGUAUCGUCCAGCCGACGGAAGGGGCGACCUACGAUCCGCUUUGGAAGGACCCCGUUAAGGCCCGCAUUGAUUUCGACAAGACCGGUCAGCAGAUCCACGACUUCAUCCGGGGGAACGACAGAGUGCCCGGGGCGUGGGCCGUAGUCAACGGCCAGGAAACCACGCUUUACGGCUCCACUCGAACGCCGUCGGGGGGCAUUCCCACCGAUGGAAAGCCCGUGGAAAUCGAGGGGAGCAAGCACCCGGGGUUUGUCACCGGGCAGGGCCUUGUGCUGACCGGCUCUGACGGCGAGAAACUGUUGGUGACGUCAGUGAAAGUGGGCGGGAAAAGCUUGCCGGCCGCAGACCUUCUUGGGGAGAGUAGCAACGAGGGGGGCGGGAAAAAGGAGGCCCCGAAAGUGGACGAAGCGGCGGCGCGGGCGGCGAUUGAGGCGGUGUGGAAGGACAUAUUGGGGGUGGAAACGGUUUCCUCGGACACCGACUUCUUCGCCCAAGGCGCUGGUUCCCUCGACGCAACCCGCCUAGUAGAAAACCUGCAGUCUAGCGUAGGCCUAGUAAUUGACCCAGAGGACAUCUACCGGGCACCCACAUACGGCGACUUCGUCAAAACGGUUCUGAAAACGAAAUCCAGCGCGGCAGAGUAUAAGACGGUUAAGGUUAGGGCGAACGGGUUAGAGCUCAGUUUGCCAGUGCAGCACUUUAUCGGGGGGAGGUUUGUGGACGGGUCAGAGGGGAAAACCCGGCCCACGAUAAACCCUGCGACAGAGGAGGUGAUUGUUGACGUGGCGGACGGGAGCGCGGCGGACGUCGACGGAGCUGUGACGUCAGCAAAGGAUGCGUUCGAGAACGGCGAGUGGCGGAAAAUCAGCGCACGCGACCGGGGCAAGUUGCUGAUGAAGCUGGCCGAUCUGAUGGAGCAGAACAAGGAGGAGCUGGCAACGAUCGAGAGCUUGGACUCAGGCGCUGUUUAUACGCUCGCGGUCAAGACCCACGUGGGCAUGUCCGUCGACACGUUCCGCUAUUUCGCCGGCCUCGCGGACAAGAUCGAGGGCCGCACGAUCCCCAUCAACGAUUCCCGCCCGAGCAAAAACCUCUGCUUCACGCGACGAGAGCCCAUCGGCGUGGUGGGGUUGAUUGUGCCCUGGAAUUACCCCCUCAUGAUGGUGGCGUGGAAGGCGGCUGCGUGCCUGGCGGCGGGGAAUACGCUCGUGUUGAAACCAGCGGAGGUGACUCCGCUGACGGCGCUCAAGUUCGCGGAGCUGACGCUCAAGGCGGGGUUUCCCCCCGGUGUUGUGAACGUGGUUCUUGGCGCGGGGAGUGUGGUCGGGAAUGCGAUUACCGACCACCCUUCGAUCCGGAAAGUCGGCUUCACCGGGUCGACGCCCGUCGGAAAGAUGAUCAUGGGGGGCGCUGCGAAGACCCUCAAGAAGGUCUCGUUGGAGCUUGGCGGUAAAUCCCCGCUCAUCGUCUUUGCGGAUGCCGAUUUCGACCGGGCCGUUCGACAAGCCGGCCAGGCCGUCUUCUUCAACAAGGGCGAGAAUUGCAUCGCCGCCGGACGCGUGUUUGUGGAAUCCUCCGUACACGACAAGUUUGUAGAAGCUGUCGUUUCGGACGUCCGGAAGAUGAAGAUCGGGGACCCGCUGGACCGCACGACCGUGCACGGGCCGCAGAACCAUAAGGCGCACUUCGACAAGCUGGUGGCGUAUAUUGAGACGGCGGUGAAAGAGGGGGCAACCGUAGUCUACGGCGGUAAACGUGUUGGCACGCGGGGCUUCUUCCUGGAGCCUACGGUCAUAACCGGAGUGGAAGACGGCACGGUUGCAGCGACUGAGGAGUCGUUCGGGCCGAUUAUGCUGAUCUCGAAGUUUGAGACUCUCGAUGAGGUGUUGAAACGGGCGAACGCCACCGAAUACGGCCUCGCGUCAGGCGUCUUCACUAAGGACCUUAACAAGGCGCUAAAAGUUGCUGACGGGUUGCAAGCGGGAACGGUUUACGUCAAUACGUACAAUAAAACGGACGUUGCCGCGCCCUUUGGCGGUUGGAAACAGUCCGGGUUUGGAAAGGAUCUUGGACAAGAGGCGCUUGAUGAGUAUCUCCGCACGAAAGCGGUAACGGUGGAAUACUGGUAGACGCGUUUUUCGUUUUGUACGCACGUUGUUGUGAGUUGCUGAUGGGGCGUGUUGUUGAGCCAGUUCGGCGAGGGUAUAGACAUUUAUACUCGCAUUGUAUUGACAGAUGCAACGUGAAUGGUAACAUCCGGAUAGCAGAGGAUAUAGGUACGUAAUUGCUGGGCGCGGCUUUGGAAAUACAUGGAUGACAAGGUGGUGAAGUUUGAGAGUGAGUUCCAUUCUCGAUAAAGG